CUGACAAAUAGCGAAUUGAAACAGUGAAGCUGACACAAUGAGGCUGGUGAUUCUGGACGACUAUGAGCUGGCCAGUGAGUGGGCAGCCAAAUACAUCCGCAACAGAAUCAUCCAGUUCCAGCCGUCUGCUGACAGAUACUUCACUCUGGGCCUUCCUACAGGGAGUACUCCAUAUGGCUGUUACCAGAAGUUAAUUGAAUACUACAGAACUGGAGACAUUUCAUUUAAGUAUGUGAAAACCUUCAACAUGGAUGAAUAUGUAGGUCUACCUCGUGCCCACCCAGAGAGCUACCACUCCUACAUGUGGAACAACUUCUUCAAGCACAUCGACAUCGAUCCAGCCAACGCUCACAUCCUGGAUGGAAAUGCAGAGGACCUGGAAGCAGAGUGUCAGGCUUAUGAGCAGAAGAUCACAGAGGCUGGAGGGAUCCAGCUGUUUGUAGGAGGUAUUGGUCCAGAUGGUCACAUAGCCUUCAACGAACCAGGUUCCAGCCUGGUUUCUAGGACUAGAGUGAAGACCCUGGCUAAAGACACCAUCGUAGCAAACGCUCGAUUCUUCGGCAACGACCUAUCCAAGGUUCCUACCAUGGCUCUGACUGUGGGAGUAGGAACUGUCAUGGAUGCCAAAGAGGUGAUGAUCCUGAUCACUGGAGCACAUAAAGCCUUUGCUCUGUAUAAAGCCAUAGAGGAGGGAGUGAACCACAUGUGGACAGUAUCAGCCUUCCAGCAGCACCCACGCACCAUCUUUGUCUGUGAUGAGGAUGCUACCCUGGAGCUACGAGUGAAAACCGUCAAAUACUUUAAAGGUUUAAUGCAUGUCCAUAAUAAACUGGUGGACCCAGUGCUCAGCAUCAAGGACCAGUAACACAGAGAGGACCAGCAUGGAAGACAGACUUUGACACAGUUCAUGACCUCCAGUCUCACUUGUCUGGUCUCUGAUGAGCUGUUUGUCAGGACCACAGACUGGCUGCAGGCUCUGUGGAAUCAGACUGUUCCACUUCAUUAAUGAGAGGAAAAUGAUCAGGCAUUGUGCAUUUUAGAUGUAAUCAUGGAACAGAUGCACUGUGGAGGUUAGGGUCUUUGUUUAGCAAUUUUUAGGGAUAGUAUCUGUUUACUUUUUUAUAAUCACAGCUGGUAUUCUCUUCAUUUGUGUUCAGUAUGAGAACUUCAUGACGGUAAAGCUUUCAUGGUUUGUUCAGAAUGAAACCAGAAUGACUGUUCUCUGUGACUCAAACAGCACGAUAUGUACUUAAUGACUUUUCUUUAUAUUCUUUCUGUUUGCGUUCUUUCACUAAUGAUUCAGUGACUGGUAGAGGAAACAUACAUGUAUGUGUAACGACAUCAGCAUCCUGCAGCUGUUAAAUAGUGUAAAGAUCAGAUUCAUUCCCAUCUUUUGUUUUUGAUGACAACAUUCCUUCCUCGGUUUUGAUGUGUUCUAACAUGACUCCUCUUUGUUAUCAGGUUGUUACACUUGUAACUUCUAGUCAGUGGUUUUGCAAAUGUACUGUAGUUUGUAACUCUUUGUUUUCUAAAGACAGUAAAAAGUUUGC